AUGGAAAGGAAACUUUCAAUUGAGGAGUAUCAUAAACAGUAUAGCACUCUAUUUGAUGAAUUUAUGGCUAAAUAUCCGCUUUUUCCUGGUUAUGUGGCUGGAGAUGAUCCAGAAAUUAAGCGUGGAAAACCAGCUCCUGAUCCAUUCCUGACCAUAAUGAAUCGAUUCGAAGAAAAGGCAGAAAGUCUCUUAAAUAUUUUGGUAUUUGAAGAUUCAGCAAAUAGUGGUCGGGCAACUAUUGCUGCUAGCAUGCAAGUUAUUAUGGUUCUCGAUAUAACAUAUAUGAAGCCGCCCGAAUAA